AUGUCACUUCCUGUCAGACGCAAUUUUAAACGAGAUCUAGUCGUUUGGCUUGAUAGCAAUAUUGAUACAUCAAAAGAUUAUGCUAACACUUGUCGUAAUCUUCAAACAAUCGUGAACUCGGUCAAAACAUUUUCUGAUCCGAAUGCUUGUAUCGAUUACUUAUGGAGUAUAAAUUCUAGUGAUGAUCUUGUAUUUUUUAUUGUGUCAGACUCUUUUGGCAAAGAUGUUAUUCCAUUGGUUCAUCUCAUGCCACAAUUGCAUCGUGUUUAUAUUUAUGCUUCGAAUCGAUCAAAACAUGCAUGGUGGAAGAAUCAAUACGAUAAAGUCGAAUGUAACGUAUUUGACAGCAUGCAAUCGAUGUACGAACAAUUGAAAAAAGACAAGAAGAAAUACAAUAAUGAGUUUGUAGCGAUUUCUUUUAUCUCAAAGUCGGAGAUUCGAGCCGGAAAUCGUCAAGAUCCAUCAUUUAUGUAUAAUCAGUUACUCAAAGAUAUUAUAUUAAAUGAUGAUAAGAAUGAUUCGGAAGAAGCUGCACGAAAGCAAAUGUUACAUUUGUGUCGUCAAUAUUAUAAGAAUAAUAAGAAUGAACUUCAAAUAAUCGACGAAUUUGAACGUGACUUUUUUCCCGAACAUUCUUUUUAUUGGUAUACACGCGACUGUUUUCUGUACAAAAUAUUAAACAAAGCUUUAUGGACUCCAGAACCGGCAAUACUCUACAAGUUCCGUUAUUUUAUUCGUAAUCUUCAUCAGCAAAUACUAGUCACGGCUGACACACAAUCGAAAUCGGGAAAAACCUUUAAAGUUUUUCGCGGUCAAGGUAUGAUGACAAGUGAAUUUAAUAAAUUAAGAAAUGGAAUUGGUGGCCUUCUUUCAUUCAAUAAUUUUCUUUCAACAAGUCUCGAUCGUAGUGUUGCUCUUGGAUUUGCGGAACCGUCGAAGUAUCUAUUAGAUGAAACAUCUAUCCUUUUUUCGAUGAAUAUUGUUUCGGGAAAUCGUAAAUGUCCAUUUAUUGUCGUUGGGAAUUUGGGUUUCUAUCAAAAUCUUGAACAGGAAGUCUUGUUUUCGAUGGGAACUGUUUUUCGUAUUGAUGCCGCUGAAAAAAUGGAAAACAAUCAAUGGGAAGUUCAGUUGACUUUGACCGAGGAUACUGAUGAUAAUCUUGCCCAUUAUACGAUAAAACUGCGCAAAAUAACGCGCAGUUCUCAUCCAUUGAUUAGUUUAGUUAAACUCAUGGAUGAAAUGGGCCAAUACAAAAUGAUCGACGUAUUCGCCGAUAUUUUCGCUGACGAUGAUUCGAUUCAUCAGCGUUCUGUCCAAACUGCUGCAAUGCAACAUACACUUGGUACCGCCUAUUUAUCUGCCGGUAAUCAAAUUAAAGCUUUGGAGUUUUUAGAAAAUUCCCUCACGACUUUGUUGGAAUAUCUACCAAAUGAUCAUCCUAGCCUUUCACCUACAUAUAACAAUAUCGGUAGUGUUUAUCAUGCUAAAAAAGAGUUUACCAAAGCACUAGAUUAUCAUCAGAAAGCACUCCACUGUCAAUUACAUGCAUCUGACCCGAAUUUGGAGUGGAUUGUGACUUAUUCGAUGAAUAUUGCUACAAUUCAUCAAGGUUUAGAACAAUAUAAUGAAGCAUUAGUACAUCUAAACCACGCUUUAGAAUUACAAAAACAAUAUCUCGGUGAUGAUGAUUCAGCUCUAUCGACCACCUACGAUGCAAUCGCACGUAUAUGUUACGAAAAAGAAGAAUUUGAGACAGCAGGUAUGUCAUAUAUGAAAAGGAGAAAGACUUAUUCGGCUGACAAUAUUUUAUCACUAAGAUUCAGCAGAAGGUGUUUCGUGAAUGGCAAAUUUCUCCUAUUUCUUUCAAUAAUUAGUAAUGCUAAACCUAAAACUUGA